UAUAUGGACGUCGUAUGAUCAUAUUUUGGAUGAGCUGCCGGCGUUUUGUAGGGCUGGUCAGCACAUGUGGAUGUCGCGGUGUCCAUUGAUACAUAUGAAUAUCGUUGAGUAUCACGCGCCCGACCGCGUGUUACGGCAGUUUGGGUAUGUACAGAAUAUACCCGUGGCUACGGUUUGGGAGCAUGACCACUAUGCGAGGGACGAGCGUGCGGGCGUCGAUGAUGCAUGGCGACUCCAUAUGCAGCAGCAGGUCCAGAGUUGGGAUGUGAGGAUGGCGAGCCUAGCGGUGGUCGAACAUGACACUCCCAUCCAUGUGUACAUGGAGUGGUACAUGCGGAUCACUCGCAUCAUUAUUGGCAACCCCUCUAGGCGUCGUCCAGAUGGCCUGGGAUAUGUAGCUCUCGCAGGAGCGUACGAGGCGCUGGUACGGACCGUUCAGACGAUGCGCUAUGAGAGCACUGCCCGUACGGAGUCCCCCGAGACGGCGGAGUACGCAGCACGGAUGAUUGAGCUUGCCGAGACUGGUAUGAGACAGGCACAUGACUUUGAGCGUCUCCAUGAGCGUGUUCCCCGUGCCCCACCUGGGGCAGCAGGUAGCCGUGGUCGCCGAGGAGCUGGUGGUCGUCGCAGAGGUGCUAGGGCUGGCAGAGGUGAUGAGGCUCCGUCGACAGAUAUCCCAUCGACUUCUUAUUCCCGGCCGUCGACUUCACAGACACCUCUGUAUACGCCGGACCUUUUUCCAGGUUAUGUGCCCUGGCCUUCACUUUCAGAUCCACCAGUUCGUGAUCCACAGGGUGAGCGGCCUGUUCGUGAUCUACAGGGUGGCCUACAUUUGCAGUUCGACGACUCCAUGUUCGAGGACUUCGUGUUUGAUAUGGCACCAUCUGCAUCUCCUGCUCCAGCGGCCGCUCAGGUGCCCUCUCAGUAG